GCGUUGCGUACGAUGGACAAGUGUAGUGCGCGUCUUGGACACAGCGUUUCGCUCUCUGCAUUCCUUCUCAAGGAGCUCCCCACCAACUCGCUUCCUCUACCACAACAGUAAGAUAGCAGAGAGCCCGUCUACAGUGACAGAGGGCAGCAGUAUGCCCUGCGGCUAGUGUAAUAGUUUACAGAAAGUUCGAAAUUGUGACCGAACCGCCCGCGCGCUCCCUAACUGCUCAGGAAAUACUACGGAGUUUUGGAACAUAAUUUCCCCCAAAGGAGUGACGAGAUUCUGGAGUUGUGGACAAGUGCGGGAACAGGUUGACGCUCAAGAGCAGCUCAUCUUUCGAGAAAGGACAGACUUUUGAACAGCAGGAGUUCAGGAUGGAGAAAGCGCCACUGUUUUUGCCCCUUGUCAUUCUACUGAUGCAAUGCCUUCCCAUUGUCCCUGUUACCGUGUCAACAAGCACACCCAAGGUGGAGGUCCGUGAGAACUCUGAUGCGGUUCUGAGCUGUGGUUUUCGGACCGAGAAGGAACCGAAUCCUCGAAUCGAGUGGAAGAAGAAAGGAACAGAUGUAUCAUUUGUUUACUAUGAGGGACAAUUCAGAGGAGCCUUUGCGGGGCGUGCAAGGAUCAAGGGGGCAACGGUGACCCUACAGAGGGUGACCCAGAAAGACGCGGGUGAAUACCGCUGUGAGAUCACUGCCCCUCAUGACACCAUCACCCUGGGGGAGACUAACAUUACCCUCACAGUCUUGGUUCCCCCCCACACCCCAUCCUGUGAGAUCCCCAGCUCGGCCCUGACAGGCUCUAUGGUGCAGCUGCGCUGUUUGGACCAGCAGAGCAUCCCCCCAGCCACCUACUCCUGGUACAAAGACGACAAGCUGCUGACCCCCUCCCGCAUGGCCAACGCCACCUACCACCUCAACCCAUUCACCGGCAUACUGGAGUUUAAGACGGUGGCGAGAGGCGACACGGGACAGUACAGCUGUCUGGCAUCAAACAAAGUGGGGCAGUCCAAGAUGUGUGAGGCUAAACACAUGAAGAUAGAGGAUGUAAACAUGGCAGGGGUCGUUGCUGCGGUCGCGGUCAUCUGUCUGGUCAUCGCCAUUUGUGGCUUCGGAGGGUACUAUGCACACCGUAAUGGCUACUUCAGAAGAGACAAAGGAAGGUCCUUUUGGAUACCCCAGUGUCAUGGUGUGGCCCACAUCAGCAGCCAGAACCUCCAUAGAACUGAAGACAAGACUAAUGCCAACUACAGCCCGCCGCCACAAGAUCCUGCGGACUUCAAACACACCCAGUCUUUCAUGCUGUGAGGCUCUCAACAACCCCCUAAAAAAGACACUACACAGACACUAGCACCAUGACAACACUGGAGUAGUUUUAUUCGACCCAAAUGAAUAGCUCUAAGAAUAAUACAUUUUUGGGGGACUGACCAACCCUGCUCUCCUCACCCUUGUGGAUGGAUAGCAAGGAGGGGCAGACAACUCUGCGUAGAGGCCAUUUAUUCCUCCUGUUUUGCUGUACCUGGGCCCUCAAUGCAAGCCUAUUAUAUUAGUCACAUGGUACUCCCCUCUAGUGGCCAAGUUGUUAAACUACAGCCUGUGUGUAGUCUGUGGCAGACCCGUGGAAUUGUGCUCCACACAUGCUCACUUCCCCCUCUACUGGCCAAAAUAUUAACUACCUAAAUCUUAUUUUAUACCAAAGACUUGAACAUGGCAUCUGAGUGUAAUAUACUGUACAUAUUUUCUGAUGGCUAUUGGCUAAGCAUUGAUGUGAACACAAGGGAGCAAUCACAUUAGGGCUCCGUAGUGGCACAAGGCACUGCAAGAGACGUUACUACAGUCCCUGGUUCGAAUCCAGGCUGUAUCACAUCCGGCCAUGACUGGGAGCCCCAUAUGGCGGCGCACAAUUGGCGCCUCGCUAUGGGACUGUUAAGAACAUGGUCUAACCCGGCCAAACCCUAAAGACGCAGGGCCAAUUGUGCGCCGCCCUAUGGGACACAGCCUGGAAUCGAACCAGGGUCUGUAGUGACGCCUCUAGUACAGAGAUGCUGCGCCACUCUGGAGCCCAAAAUGACAGACUAACACAGGGGCUAAUUAGAAUACAGGUAA